GCAGUGUUGUAUAGCUCUGCAGAAAGAGGGACAUUCUGACAUUUCUCUCAUCAGACAAGUCUGCAAAAACGGGAGAACGGAGCCCGGUUACAGGGAAAGCGAGAUGAGGCGUCGUGUUUGCUUUGGUUGAAUCCAAGUAUUAAUUCUACCAGAUGCCGAUUGAGAAGCAUGGACUCUGCCACUCCACUGAUCCGCGCCAGUGCAGCAUCUGUUCGCCUGCUGUCCAUUUGUGUCUGCCCAUCCUGAGUGACACGGGAUGGGUCUGUGGGACAGGUGUUGGCAUGCCCAGGGGUCAUCACCAGAUAUCGUCCAGGAGGAUGCUGCUAUUGGGAUGACCUUUGUGACCUCACCUUUGCCCUCCCCUGGAAAGAUCCACUACCAAUCAAGAACCCUGAACAACGGCCUACAUGGAUGUGGUUGGCUGGUUCCAGUGAUGGACAGGUGACCAGCCAGCCCUCUAGCCGCCCUCUUCUACUUUGACUCCCCUCCCCCUCCCUCCCAGACGUGCAGUGUGCACCCCCGGUCGGAGACCCCCCACAUCUCUGCCAUGGUGACAUAAUCAGCAGCACAACAUGUGGGAGAUCCAACAUCAUGAGACCGUCUCAUUUCUAUCUCCAGUAGCUGCUGCUGAAGCUGCUGCUUCUCUAGCCUGUGGAUUACCGAUUAGACCACUUGAAAUAACAAGACGGACUUUGGACUAAUUUACUUUUACUCUCCACCAAGUAGCCCUCGAGGGACUGUUUUCUGGGUGUCAGUCGGUCGGGCGUUGUGCGUGACGAUGCUGGGAUGCGUGUCCCGCCUGCGUCGGCUGGUCCGUCUCGUCCACCACCUCCCCCUCCAAACCUCCCUGCUCCUCCUCUUCCUCUUCUGCACCGUCAGCGUCUUCGUCUCCGCCUACUUCCUGUACGGCGUCAAACGGGAGCUCGAGCCCUCAGGAGGGGGCGUGGCUGGCAGCGAGGGGGCGUCGGCCAUCUACGAUGACCUGCGGGCGAGCCCGUCUCGGCUGCUCCCGGUGCGGGCGGUGUCGGGGGGGCUUGCUGGGGGCGAGGGGGGCAGAGGAGGGGUGAGGACAAACCCCUUGGUGCUGGUGUUUGUAGAGAGCCAGUACUCUCAGCUGGGCCAGGAGAUAGUCGCCAUCCUGGAGUCUGGACGUUUCCACUACCGGACAGAGAUCUCUCCAGGUAAAGGGGACAUGCCCACAUUAACAGAUAAGGAGCGUGGGCGCUUCACGCUAGUCAUCUAUGAGAACAUUCUGAAAUAUGUAAACCUGGAUGCCUGGAACCGAGAGCUGCUGGACAAGUACUGUGUGGAGUAUGGAGUGGGCAUCAUCGGCUUCUUUAAGGCCAAUGAGAACAGCCUGCUGAGUGCCCAGCUCAAAGGAUUCCCCCUCUUCCUCCAUUCCAACCUGGGCCUGAAGGACUGCACGGUCAAUCCCAAGUCCCCCCUCCUCUUCAUCACACGCUCCGGCCAGCCCCUCCCCGGCCCCCUGCCCGGGGACGACUGGACCGUCUUCCAGUCCAACCACUCCACCUACGAGCCCGUGCUCCUGACCAAGACCCAGUCCGCCGAGAGUGUCCCCUCGCUUGGUACGACGGCCACGCUGCUCCCCUCCGUUGUGCAGGACCUGGGUCUCCACGACGGCAUCCAGAGGGUUCUGUUUGGGAACAACCUCAACUUCUGGCUGCACAAGCUGGUGUUUGUGGACGCGGUGGGCUUCCUGUCGGGGAAGAGGCUGUCUCUCUCCCUGGAGCGACACCUACUGGUCGAUAUAGAUGACAUAUUUGUGGGGAAGGAAGGGACCCGGAUGAAGGUGAAGGAUGUCAAGGCCCUGUUGGAGACCCAGAGAGCGCUGCGUAACAAUGUUCCCAACUUCACCUUCAACCUGGGCUUCUCAGGGAAGUUCUUCCAUGCAGGGUCAGAUGAGGAGGACCUGGGGGAUGAUCUGCUCCUCUCCUACGUCAAUGAGUUCUGGUGGUUCCCCCACAUGUGGAGCCACAUGCAGCCCCACCUCUUCCACAACCAGUCAGUGCUAGCCGAACAGAUGCUUCUCAACAAGAGGUUCGCUAUGGAGCACGGUAUCCCCACUAACAUGGGCUAUGCGGUAGCCCCCCACCACUCGGGUGUGUACCCAGUUCACCUGCAGCUGUACGAUGCCUGGAAGAAGGUGUGGGGCAUCAGGGUGACCAGCACGGAGGAGUACCCCCACCUCAAACCUGCCCGCUUCAGACGGGGAUUCAUACACAGUGGUAUCAGCGUCUUGCCCAGACAGACGUGUGGUCUGUUCACACACACCAUAUUCUAUAAGGAGUACCCAGGCGGACCCAACGAGCUGGACAAACUCAUCAACGGAGGAGAGCUGUUCCUCACUGUCCUACUCAACCCGAUCAGUAUUUUCAUGACCCACCUGUCUAACUACGGUAACGACCGGCUGGGCCUUUACACCUUCAAAAGCCUGGUGGCCUUCCUGCAGACGUGGACCAAUCUGCGGCUACAGACCCUGCCUCCCGUCCAGCUGGCCCACAGAUACUAUAACCUCUUCCCUAACGAGAAAGACCCACUCUGGCAGGAUCCCUGCGAGGACAAAAGGCACAAGGACAUCUGGUCAAAGGAGAAAACGUGUGACCGCUUCCCCAAGCUGCUUGUCAUUGGGCCUCAGAAGACAGGUUCUACAGCCCUCUAUCUGUUUCUGGGCAUGCACCCUGACCUGACCAGUAACUACCCCAACAAGGAGACCUUUGAGGAGAUCCAGUUCUUCAAUGGACACAACUACCACAGAGGCAUCGACUGGUACAUGGAGUACUUCCCCCUGCCCUCCAACACCAGCUCAGACUACUACUUUGAGAAAAGUGCCAGCUACUUUGACUCCGAGGUGGCAGCGGAGCGGGCGGCCACCCUCCUGCCCAAGGCCAAGAUCAUCACCAUCCUCAUCAACCCAGCCGACCGCGCUUACUCCUGGUACCAGCACCAGCGUGCCCAUGAUGACCCAGUGGCUCUGAAGUACUCCUUCCAUGAUGUCAUCACGGCUACCCAUGAUUCCCCGGUAAAACUGCGUGUGCUCCAGAACCGCUGUCUGGUGCCAGGCUGGUACGCCAUCCACAUGGAGCGCUGGCUCAACCACUACCACUCCAGCCAGGUCCUGGUUCUGGACGGGCAGCAGCUGAAGACUGAGCCGGCCUCAGUCAUGGACAGGAUCCAGAAGUUUCUGGGCCUGGUCAACACCGUCAACUACCACAAUAUCCUAGCGUUUGACCCCAAGAAAGGCUUCUGGUGUCAGCUGCUGGAGGGAGGGAAGACCAAGUGUCUGGGGAAGAGCAAGGGGCGUAGGUACCCUGACAUGGACCCGGAGUCCCAGUCGUUCCUCAGGGAGCACUACAGGGAUCACAACAUAGAGCUGUCUAAGCUGCUGUACAGAAUGGGCCAGCCCCUGCCCAGCUGGCUCCGAGAGCAACUGAUCCAUACCAGGUAGAAGUACCGGGGGGGGGGGGGGGCAGCUCAGCGGACAGUACCACAGCUCAACCAUCCCCCUGACAGAAUACCAUAUGGAGGAGUAUGAUUCUAUCCCCUUAGAGGAUUAUUUUAAUCCCUUAAAGAAUCCAUAAGGGAUAAGUACUCACCCUUGACAAGGUUCAGAAGGGGUGUAUUUUCUGAUCACCUGUCAAAGUGAAGAUUAGGAUGCACGAGCCUCCUUCUCAGGGUGCCCUUCAUAAGAGGGAAGGGCAUGGAGAAAGGGAGAGCAGGGAUUGUGAUUUACGAGUUGGCAGUGAGUCUACAAUGGCCUGCCGCCUAAGUUCUCUCCCCUCACUCCCCAAGUUGCACCACCCCAUGAUGCACCACCACCCUCACUUGGUACGGUCUAGGAACAGAGACCCCCCCCCAACAGGACUGUACCACCUCUUACGGGGGUUUACCUGUGAUACAGACAGGAUGGGAUAGAGACGGGGGUGGUCAACCCUUAUCCGCUCUUCCUUUGACUAUCCCUUGCCUUACUCACAUGGACUCAGACCUUACUCUUGGGAGGAAGAGGAGGAUGAAGAGGAAGAGUGAGACUUGGCUAGCCUGUACAGUACCAGUCGUUUAAGGCUGGGCGGAAAUUAACAGUGUCAGCUUGUGUCAGUCAACACUCUACUCCCAUAUACUGAAAGACACAACUAACUGCCAUCCUAGAAAUUGGAAGAUGAAUUAAUAAAGUAGAUGAUGAAACAAUAGGGCAGAUAUGACAAAUGAGUAGAGAUCAAUUAGCACUUGAAUUAAUAAAAAAUAAAUGGCAUUAGUUGGAAAUGCCUGUGGUCUCUGUCUAAAAACCAAGGGGGAUAUGUUGUGUAUUGACUGGUAGUCUUAUUCACUAGGCCUUUGUAGACACUAGACAUUAAUGCAUUUACCAGUGCCAGGACAGAAUCAGCACCACUACAUUGCAUGGCCUAUUGACAGUUCUUCUUUUUUUAAGAUUGUGACAAAAAAAAUUGCCCCUUUUUUGUUUAUUUUAACUUUGGUGACGCGUUAUUGUAGAAUUGACCAGAAAGACAUUUUGCUUACUCUCCCUUUCGGAUGGAGUUGAUUGCACAGCACAGGGGGGUGCCAGGCUGCACAUGUUAAAAGCACAAUAUGCAAAGUGGUACAUCUCUUAAAAAGACUCUUUACAAAUUCACACAGGUUCUCAUUAACCCCUUUGAGCAAAGCACGUUGAAAAUAAGUAUUUCUGGUCGAAAAGAUGUUGAAAUGACGUAUUUUUAACGUCUUGUGCUCACUGGGACAGGUUGUCUGUAUGUGAAGUUGGACAUAAGCUAUGUUUAAAUGCUCUCAUGGAGAUAGAAAAUGAGAAAACAAAACAAUAUUUUUAUUGAGGAUGUCGUGAAAGCUGUGUAUAUUUUUGUCUCUUUGUUCUAUUUCAUUUGUUAUUAGCAGGUGUUCAUAGUAUUUAUGCGUUGCAUCAGGGAGGAUAUAAAAGAUGCACAUCUAACAUAGUCAAUAUGAGCCUAUACAGUUGAAGUCAGAUGUUUACAUACACCUUAGCCAAAUACAUUUAAACUCAGUUUUUCACAAUUCCUGACAUUUAAUCCAAGUAAAAAAUGCCGUGUUUUAGGUCAGUUAGGAUCACCACUUUAUUUGUGUGAAAUGUCAGAAUAAUAGUAGAGAGAAUGAUUUAUUUCAGCUUUUAUUUAUUUCAUCACAUACCCAGAGGGGUCAGAAGUUUAUAUACACUCAAUUAGUAUUUGGUAGCAUUGCCUUUAAAUUGUUUAACUUGGGUCAAAUGUUUCGGGUACCCUUCCACAAGCUUCCCACAAUAAGUUGGGUGAAUUUCAGCCCAUUUUUCCUGACAGAGCUGGGGUAACUGUGUCAGGUUUGUAGGCCUCCUUGCUCGCACAUGCUUUUUCAGUUCUGCCCACAAAUGUUCUAUAGGAUUGAGGUCAGGGCUUCGUGAUGGCCACUCCAAUACCUUGACUUUGUUGUCCUUAAGCCAUUUUGCCACAACUUUGGAAGUAUGCUUGGGGUCAUUGUCCAUUUGGAAGACCCAUUUGUGACCAAGCUUUAACUUCCUGACUGAUGUCUUGAGAUGUUGCUUCAAUGUAUCCACACAAUUGUCUUCCCUCAUGAUGCCAUCUAUUUUGUGAAGGGCACCAGUCCCUCCUGCAGCAAAGCACCCCCACAACAUGAUGCUUCCACCCCCAUGCUUCACGGUUGGGAUGGUGUUCUUUGGCUUGCAAGCCUCGCCCUUUUUCCUCCAAACAUAACAAUGGUCAUUAUGGCCAAACAGUUUUAUUUUUGUUAAUCUCUAGGAGACAGAACGCGUCUCCUUCCUGAGCGUUAUGAUGGCUGCGUGGUCCCAUGGCGUUUAUAGUUUGUACAGGCGUCUAUUGUUUGUACAGAUGAAUGUGGCACCUUCAGGCAUUUGGAAAUUGCUCCUCAGGAUGAACCAGACUUGUGGAGUUCUACAAAAAAAAAUCUAAGGUCUUGGCUGAUUUCUUUGUAUUUUCCCAUGAUGUCAAGCAAAGAGGUAGGCCUUGAAAUACAUCCACAGGUACACCUCCAAUUGACUUAAAUGAUGUCAAUUAGCCUAUCAGAAGCUUCUAAAGCCAUGACAUCAUUUGCUGGAAUAUUCCAAGCUGUUUAAAGGCACUGUCAAUUUAGUGUAUGUAAACUUCUGACCCACUGGAAAAUAAAUUGAUACAGUGAAUUAUAAGUGAAAUAAUCUGUCUGUAAACAAUUGUUGGAAAAAGUAUAUGUCAUGCACAAAGUAGAUGUCUUAACCGACUUGCCAAAACUAUUGUUUGUUUAACAAGAAAUGUGUGGAGUGGUUGAAAAACUAGUUUUAAUGACUACAACCUAAGUGUAUAUGUAAACUUCAGACUUCAACUGUACGUACGGUAUAGUUCCUAAUUUGUUGGUCACAUGGUUUUACCACCGCAACCAUAGAUAUCAAAAAGCUGCCCUUACUGUCUACAAUUGUUGUCAGUCGAUAUAACAAUGCACAUGCAUUUCCUGACUAUGUCAUGUCGUGUUGUAGACAUACGUUAUUGCAUGUGGUCGAGGUGACAUUCUUUCAGCCCCCUCUCACAAUGCAAUGAGAGAGGUAUUUAAGUGGGAGAGAAUCAGCCAGGUCGUAUUGAAAUGUCACUACAAUGAGUCAUAUAAUACGGUGCCAUCUGCUAAAGGUCCAAGCAGAUCUUCUGUUUCCUGUCUGUUCAUACCAUCCCCUCUCAUCUCUCCUCACGCAGCCAACUGGUGUACAGAGGUCCUUGAUUUCUUUAUAUAAAGUAUUAUUGACACGAUAAUAACGCAUAAUAACAGCAAUGAUGGUACUAAUCUCCCUGGACUGUACGAUAAAGACGUGUAAUUGUCGUCAAUCAUUUUUACAGUGUAACUGAUAUUGUUGGUGCUUUUUAAUUUGCAAAUAAACACCACUGUAUUUUUG